UACAAGAUUUCUUUGGGUGCCCAGUGGGGAAGGAGGGACUGGUCACAACACUGUAAGACCCAGCGGGUAGCAUAAGAAAUCUUGUUUGAGGAAGUUGCAUGCAGGAUUGUAAUUAAGGAAAAGUGUCAAGGCAAGUGAGUUUUGAGUAGUAGGAGUUUGCCUCCAGAGCCAAGAGCCGGAGUAAGGAAAGGCCUACGAACAAGGAGGGAGGCGAUGGCGCACUGUCCCAGAGCCUCUGCGCGGCUCUGAGUUGGAACAGAUGAUCUUCAGGUUAGGCAGAGGAGUUUAGAGUCUCAGCAGCCGAACUGAGAAGCUGCUCCGUUUAAACCACUGUUUCUCUCCCGUCCAUAGUCUGUGUGUAUAUUUUUACUGGGAUAGUCACAGGGCCAAAGUUAAGCAAAGCGUUUCGAAGGAACACGUAAAGAAUCACUUGUCAGCUGUUUGAUCCCCUUCGCAGGAACCCGAGACCCAAGGAGGGCUUGCAAAAACAGACCCCGUGCAGCCUCCGAGGGCGGAUUCCGGUUCAGUAGCGCCUUCCUGGCGCGGUAGAAUUCAGCCGCUAGAAGUGCUCGGGAUUGACUGUGCGGGGUGGGGGUGGGGGGGUGACGCGGGUUUCCGCACAUCACCGCGCUGUGCUUCUGAGGUGUGUGCUCGCUACUCUUGGAGAGUUACUCUAAGGACAGGUGUCGUUUUCCCGAAACCCUAAACGCUGUGGUCCGCGCGCUGCUCUAGUCUGGUGGCUGAGUCGUGAGCCGGGCCUGGCCCGGGCGAGGUUCCCACGGCAACCGCAAGCCGCUCCGGGCGUCUCCGGAGUGACGAGGCGCGAACCAAGACCCGGAGCCGGGAUUUCUGGAGCCGAGCCACGGAGCGAGGCAGGAGAGAGAUCGCGGCUGGCCAAAUGAGGAGGGGAGCCACGCCGCGGCCUUUCGUCCUUGCGCGGGCAUCCAGCAAACUCCUCUUCCACUCAUCCCAGCCUCAGUGUGGCCAUCAGCUGCGGCUAGAUACCCUCCUGGGGAUUCCUUCCCUGCUAUCAAGGUGGGGAGACGGAGAGCUAGGCAGCAUCCCAGUAUCACUGGGUGAAGUGGGCAAAGCCAGGCUCUGUCCCAGGUGGCUGAUAUUCCGGACAGAGAACUGUGCAGACAAGUGGAAGACAGGCCACACGCACCUCCUCUGGUUCGAGGACUAGCCCAGUUAGUAACCUGCUGUGUGGUCUUGAAGUCCCCACUCCUCUCCAGGUCUAGGAGAUGGAACAUUACCACCAAUGUCUCAGAGUAGCUCUUACCAAGUGUGUGAAAUAGUCACCAAGUUUAAAAGAAGCUGUCAAACUGCAAAGUGCCUUGCACAUGCCAAGGGCCAUCUCCGUCUCUGUUCUGGUCCUGUCCCUCACUCCAGCCCCAGAAGCUUGGUCUCAGAACCUUCCAUGCCUAGAGGUUUCAAGCCUGCAGGCCCUGCAUCUCCCCAGGUGACCACGACGACGUCCUCAGGUCAUGCACGGACACAACCGAAACGGGCAGGCCCACGUGCCCAGGCGGAAACGCCGCAACCGCUUUGUCAAGAAGAACGGCCAGUGUAACGUCUACUUCGCCAACCUGAGCAACAAGUCCCAGCGCUACAUGGCAGACAUCUUCACCACCUGCGUGGACACGCGCUGGCGCUAUAUGCUCAUGAUCUUCUCCGCGGCCUUCCUCGUUUCCUGGCUCUUCUUCGGCCUCCUCUUCUGGUGCAUUGCCUUCUUCCAUGGUGACCUGGAGGCCAGUCCCUCUGUGCCCGCGGCAGGAGGCCCGGGGGGCAAUGGCGGGGCAAGCCCGAAUGCCCCCAAACCCUGUAUCAUGCACGUAAACGGCUUUUUGGGGGCCUUCCUCUUCUCAGUGGAGACCCAGACGACCAUUGGCUACGGGUUCCGGUGUGUGACAGAGGAGUGCCCGUUGGCGGUCAUUGCGGUGGUUGUCCAGUCCAUUGUGGGCUGUGUCAUUGACUCCUUCAUGAUUGGCACGAUCAUGGCCAAGAUGGCACGGCCCAAGAAGCGGGCACAGACCCUGCUGUUCAGCCACCAUGCUGUCAUCUCCGUUCGAGACGGCAAGCUCUGCCUGAUGUGGCGCGUGGGUAACCUGCGCAAGAGUCACAUUGUGGAGGCCCACGUCCGGGCCCAGCUCAUCAAACCCUACAUGACACAGGAGGGUGAGUACCUGCCACUGGACCAGCGGGACCUCAACGUGGGCUAUGACAUCGGCCUGGACCGCAUCUUCUUGGUGUCACCCAUCAUCAUAGUGCAUGAAAUCGACGAGGACAGCCCACUCUACGGCAUGGGCAAGGAGGAGCUGGAGUCAGAGGACUUUGAGAUUGUGGUCAUCCUGGAGGGUAUGGUGGAGGCCACGGCUAUGACCACUCAGGCCCGCAGCUCCUAUCUGGCCAGUGAGAUCCUGUGGGGUCACCGGUUUGAGCCUGUGGUCUUCGAGGAAAAGAGUCACUACAAGGUGGACUACUCACGAUUCCACAAGACCUAUGAGGUGGCUGGCACGCCUUGCUGCUCCGCCCGUGAGCUGCAGGAGAGCAAGAUCACGGUGCUGCCCGCCCCACCGCCCCCUCCCAGUGCCUUCUGCUAUGAGAAUGAGCUGGCCCUUAUGAGCCAGGAGGAAGAGGAGAUGGAAGAGGAGGCUGCGGCCGCAGCAGCCGUGGCUGCAGGCCUGGGCCUGGAGGCAGGUUCCAAAGAGGAGGCAGGCAUUAUCCGGAUGCUUGAGUUUGGCAGCCACCUGGAUCUGGAGCGCAUGCAAGCCGCCACCCUUCCACUGGACAAUAUUUCCUAUCGCAGGGAAUCUGCCAUCUGACCUCCAGGCCCUGCCCUCCUCUAUUCCCGCAAGAGCCUCUGCCAGGGGUGGGACGCCAGGACAAGCCUUCCACUCUUAGGACAGAGUUGAACGUGGCUCUGUGGACCUAGAGGAAGGUGGGGGCUUCAAAGACUGGGAGAUCCCUUCCUGUUGACUACAGGGCCCAGGACUGGAAAGGACCCAGGUACUCCGCCCUGAUGGCCCAGGGCCCCCUGGCAUCUCCCCACGGUGGCUCUGGGCCCCCAGAUCUUCCACCCUUUUCCCACUGACCCUUCAAGGAUGUACCCCUUCUGCUCUCAGGACCUCGGGGAAGGCGGCUGGACUGCUGGGGGGCGGGCAUCAUGGGGUUCUGGGUGGGCAGGGUGGGUCUGGGGGAGGGGGAAGGGUGUGUUUCUUUUGCAUGACUGUGGUCUGUGCUCUUGAUUCUCUUUUGUAAAUAUCUAUAAAUGGAAGAGAUGGAGACACAAGUCCACCUCUGCCCAUUUCUACCUGUGAGACAGAGAGAGGCUGCCAACCCCUCUCUGUGCACUCCCCCGUCCAGCCUCAGCCCGACCCAGCUGGCUGGUCCCUUGAGACCUUUGAAGCCGGCUCUGUAUGGUGUUGGGUUUGGGUACAGAGGGGACUCAGAGGUAGGAUGAGUACCCCUCCCUCCUUGCAGUCCCUCCAGUUUCCAGAUUGAUGACGGCGUUUGUAACUAUUUUUAAUAAAGCAUAUGGUCCACUAGAAGUAGGCUGGUAGAGAGAGGAGAGAGAGAGAGAGAGAGAGAGAGAGCGCAAGCAAGCAUGUGAGUAUCUGUAUGUGGCCCCUUUUCUUUAAAACUAGCGUGUGUGUGUGUGUGUGUGUGUGUGUGUGUGUGUGUGCGCGCGCGCGCGCGCAGGUGCACAUGUGUGUCCUUAUGGAAGCCAAAGGACAACCUCAGAUGUUGUCCUUCGGGGGCCAUCUACCCUUUUUUUUAAAAUUUAUUUUCAUUUUCAUGGGCAUUCCUUCCCCCCCUCCCCCUAUGUAUGUGUGUGCAACUGAUGCCUGCAGAGGCCAAAAGAUAGCAUGGAAUCCUCAGGGCAGGGAGUUACUGAGGGUUGUGAGCCACCAUGUGGUUCUGGGAAUCUAAUCUGGGUCCUCUGCAAAAGCAACAAGUGCCCUUAACCGCUGAGCCGCCUCUCCAGCCCCACCCACCUUAUUAUUUUUUUUUUUUUUUGAAACAGGGUCUCUCACUGGCCUGGAGCACAUGAUUAGGGUAGCUGACCAGAGAGCCCCCGGAUCUCCUGUCGAGGGCCAGCUUUUUUUUUUUUCAUUAAAACACAGGUGCUGGGGAUGGAAUCUAGGUCAUGUGUGUCUUUCAUCCCUUAGGCCUUCUCAGGGGUACAUACCCUUCCGGAGAUACACAGGGACCUCUGCCCCCUGGUAGUCAAUGGAAGGACCCUGGGUGAGUAUCAUAGAAGCUAGGUCUGAAUCAAAUCUUGGUACCUCAGAGGAAGUAGGAAGCGCCCACUGGAUUGACCCACACGCAGACGUACACACACUCGUGUCUCUACACACUGCUCAGGGAGCCUGCAGGACACCCUGGUGGGAGGGGCCCCAGAAACCUACUGAGAACCCGGUUUCUGCCUUGCCAUGGGACCUCUGGUAAGUCCUUCUCUCUGAGCUCCAUAGUUUGUGUUAUGUGAAGAGCCAACCUGCAUCAGGUAACCGUUACCUGUCCUUCAAAGUCUGUGAGUAGCCGAGGGCUCCCAGGCAUCAGGAGCCCACUCUCUGAGGCAAAGGGGGGGGGGAACCAGACCCGAUCUCUGCGGAGUGUAGCAAGUUAGUGUCGAGGGCUGCCCGGGAGAAAAGUGCUGGAUGGUCUAGCCCCAUCCCUUCAGCCACUCUGUUCUACAUGCCAACCGUGUGCCUAGCAUUCAGGCUGUGGAAAAGCAGAAAGUACCCUGUGUGGUCUCAGGAACCUCUCUGCCAAUAUACCAGCUUACCUACUGCGAAGGAAGGUGGGUCUAUGACGAUCACAGAACACCAGCCAUGGCCGCAAGCAACCAUUUAGAUAAAUACAGCACACCCAGCAUGCUUUAACCAUUUGACAAGGGAAUCUGAGAGUUCUUUCCUGGAAAGAGGCUAGCUUGGGAUCUAAGACAUCCUCCCCCCGCCCCCCAUAGGUAGCUUACUGCAGUCAGUCAAGGGCUGAGUUCACAUCACAUUUGAUGGACUAAUAAGACAUACAGACCUGGAGAACUAAGGACUGGACUUCACUAUAUACGGCUCUGAGGCCUGCUUCUCCUCUCCCAUCCUCUGAGGCCAGAGAUGGACGGAGGGGAUGCUGCCUGCCGUGUUUCCCCACCCUGGGAUUCCAAGGGUGCCAGUAACCAUUAGCAGCCUCCAAGGGCUGAAGCAGAAGAUGAGAGGUAGCAUUCAGCAAAAGAAAAGGCUCAAUCAAUGGCCUAGCCACCCAGGCUCGCCCCAAACCCAGGAAGCUUCUCAGGGAUGCCCUACCUUCCAGCCCCAGGAGGACACGGGGAGGCCCUCCUCUCCUGAUUGUCCCAGGUGAUGGGAAGGAACUGCCUCUGCUCCGGUCUCCCACUGGGCCCAGAAUGUGGAACAGGUAUCCACAUUCUUCUUGCUGUCCACUCCAGCAAGAGGCCAAGUUUAGAGGGCCACCCAGGGACAAGCCUUUCAGCACCCCGCCCCCCAAACAUUGUUACCAGUUAGCCUCUUGCACUGACUGUUGGGGGCAACCGUGUCUUUCAGACAACCCCAUUCUUUUCUCAGGCCACACCACCACCACAGCUGCCACCACGCCAGAUCCAGGGUGCAAGAGAGCUCAACUGCACCGCUCCAGGCAGGCUGCAAGCUGGGCUCAGCUCUGCUGACUCACCUCUCUCCCACCUGCUCCCCUUUCGCAGCCCUCCCACCCGCUUCCCAGCUCCGUGUGCAGCUCCUCUGAUCUCUCUCUCUCUCCUUCCCUGCUCUCCUGGUGGCUGCAUCUGGGGGCGGCGAGCAGCUUCGAUACCUUGGUGCUCAGUCAUGCAAACUGGUUAGCAGCUGCGGGGACUUUUGGAGGUGCCACCACGCCCUUUUCUGCUCAGCCCGGGGAAGAUGGGCCAGCCUUGUCUAGCCUAGAGCCUGCUCUUCAGUCUGGAAGAGAGAUCACGAAGGACUUGAAGGGAGCACAGGUGUAGGAGGGGAGGGAAGGGCAGGAGGGUGUGGUCUCACUGAAGCUCCGCCCCCGCACCUGCCGGCUGCCUGGAAAAACUACCAUUCAAGAGUAAUCUUGGCUCGCCAUGGCUUCCUCCGAGAUGGCUUCUGGAGUUUUCCUUAGGAACUUAAAACAGCUUAGAGAGAACUAGAGAGGAGCCCAGGUGGCAUUCAGCUACGAAUUGUCACUAUAAGGCCUUUCUUGGAUCAUGCAGGCUUCUUCCUGCAUGUAGCUUCUCUCAUCUUUUCUGGAUAUGGGCUGUUCUGGGCAGUAUUGUAUGUUUUGUUAGUUUUGUUUGUUUGUUUUAAAGACUAGGUCUCAUGUAGCCCAGGCUGGCCUCAAACUCAGUGUGUAGCUAAAGAUGAUUGUGAACUCUGGACCCUCCCGCUUUUGCCUCCCAAGGGCUAAUGUUAAAGGUGUGGGUACCAUCACUCCCAGGCAAAUCUUCCAUUUUUGGAGUUUGACAGGAGCAGAUGGAUCUCUGUGAGUUCCAGGCUAGCCUGGUCUACCUGGCAAGUUCCAGGACAGCCACAUACGAAGACUUUAUCUCAAAAAGCAAACAAACCCCAAAGAUGAAAGACUGGAGCAUUCACAUCCUCCCAUGAAAAUAAGCUACACCUUUUAAGGAUGGGAAGGUUUUAACACCCCAGCUUCCCUCCUGGUGUGAGGAGGAAGGACAGCGAUCAAGGGACAAUGAAGUCAAGACCCUUGGCACCCCAUGUCCCCCAACUGGGAGGGAAGACUGAGAGGCAGAGGCUCCUAGGUUGGAAUUUUGCCCUUGGGACUUGGCAGCUGUGUGACCUUGGGCAGGUAAAUUUGUCCGUGUGUGUGUGUGUGUGUGUGUGUGUGUGUGUGUGUGUGUGAUAUUCAUAUAUCUAUCUUCAUUUUGUAUGAACUAAAUGAGAGCCUGUGUGUGACUGGGCAUGGCAGGUAUGGGGGUCUGGUGUUAAAUGAUCUAAAUCAUCUAAAUAAAUGUGAGUGGCCUUUGGAAACAGUUUGAUCAACUUAACAAUAAAUGACACAAUUAGUGUGA